AUGGAAAAACUUCCUUCGACUCGAGGAUCGCCCUCGAAGCAACUUGCUGCUUUCAACCCCAUGGGGUAUGAGGCUGUUGCCCAGAGAGAAAGUUCUGUUCCGUUGCCUGGAACUUCGACCAACCGCCCGAUCGGUGAUCCGUUUGCUGGUUGGAACAAUGAAAUGCGACAGGGGUUUAACGUCCCCGCGUCUCAGGCGCCCGCCACUACUGCAAACCCUAAUAGUGGAAGCUCUGUUUCUACUUAUGCCUAUGCAGCCCAACCAUUUGAACAUGCCAAUAUCUUGACUCAGGUUGGUGCGCCCGCACCCCUUGGGCGGGCUAACAUGCAGACAUCAGCCAACCAGUUUGAGUACUCGUCUCCUUCCUCGCAGGUAUCUCCUGCAAAUGCUGGUUCUGGUGGAAUGCAAUACUCGCCUUCUCAAGCCAUCGCAGCUCGAUCGCUGGAUCAAAUGCAAUACUCACCUCAUACACCAUAUCACGCUCGGGGGCGUUUGGGUGGAUCACAAUAUCAACUCUCUCCCGUUCAGACAGCUAUUGCCAACACUCGUUACUCGCCAUCCCGUCAGGGCUUUAGCUAUGAGUACAACCCCGCCCCUCCUUUUAUGUCUAACUUGUUCACCACCACUAACAGCCCUGCUGUUGGAGACGCUCUUGAUACUGCACACAUCGAUCCUCAAGCUGGUCGCUCUACCGGUACCAUCCAUUCACGAUCCUCCACUGGAAUUCAUGAUGUUGCUGAAAAGCAUCGAUCUUUUAUCGUGCACAAUGUCCCUCUCGACACCUCGCACCGUUCUGUCGUUAUGAUGUUCCCGAUCGAGGAAUAUCCUUCCCUUCAGGCUGUUUGCCUCCAACACAUUGCAACUAGGGGCAUGUUCUCGUUUUCGUUUGGCGAUCUCAGAGACAACAUCAAUGCCAUGAAUAAAAUCCGCUCAACUCGUCCUGGAUGGCGCGUCUUCCCGUCCACUGUCCAAGAGAUUGCUACCCUCAAUGGAUCCAAUGAAUCCGCUUCCUCUCCUGCACCUGCUCCCCAGGAUGGUGCAUUUGUGCUUUCUGUGUUCACCAACCAAUGGCUCCUGGAAUCUAUGGAUGGGGUUGUUCAAAAUAUCGUUGCUUCCCUUGGCACGCCACGUUUCUGCAAGCUCAUCGAGACCGGACGAAACUCGAGCCGAUACCACGUGGAAUAUUUCAACCUGGGUCAUGCGGCUUACGCUGUUUCAUGCCUCAAUGGAUUUAAGCUCGAUAGUCUUUUUUUCGAGGUUUACCCAGUUGAGGAGAAAGAAGAGCUGCCUAUUCUUUCUCAGAUUCAAUCGCCCCGGCGUGUUUCUCAAAUUCAAACGCCUAGCCGUGCUUCGCACCAACGAACUCCUACCCAUGGUUCUAACCUUCAAACACCUAACCGUGUUCCCCCUCAGAGCCCCGUGAGCCCAUAUGACCCCAUGUCCAACGAGCUCGACAAGGCCGCCGGUUCCCCUAAUAAUAAGAAUAACAUUAUUCAUCUCGAUCGGAUCAUGCAGGGACUAGAUCUCCGCAGCACCGUUAUGAUCCGCAACGUUCCCAAUAAGCUCAAUACAGAUCAACUCAAGAUGCUUCUCGAUGAGUCCAGCUUUGGGAAGUAUGACUUCCUCUACCUUCGGAUGGAUUUCUGGAACCGUUGCAACGUUGGUUAUGCGUUCAUGAACUUCGCGGAUCCACUUGAUAUUGUUACCCUCGUUCGCGCUCGAGAGGGCCAGUCUUGGCCCGAUAGCAGCUCUACGAAGAAAACUGAGAUCUCCUAUGCUACACUCCAGGGAAGAGAUACUCUCAUCAGCAAGUUCCGCAAUAGUCACGUUAUGACCCGUCCUCACGACGAACAACCUCGACUUUUCUACACCGACGGUCCUCGUUUAGGCAGUGAGAUGCCUUUCCCAGCCCCCAAUGACGCCAGUAAGCUGCGUCGCUCGGUUGCUAGCACUACCCAACAAGGCCUCUUCUCACCUCGACCCCGAUUUAACACUACGCCGCGCAGCAAUAACCGUUCGCGUCCUCAGUCUCUGACCUUUGGCCAGAAUUACCAGGGUCAACCUUCCUUCCGCAGUCCCCAUAAUUCUGGUGGACAAUUCCAACAUACCCGCAAUGCCUCUAGUGGACAAUUUGUCCAACCUAUGCGCAAUGUACCUAGUGGUUUUUCUCCUGUGAGGGCUCAGGAUCAUCAGGUUACCUCGCCACGACACUCUCGGUCCUUCAGCGAGACUUCCCGUGCUCAGGAUCAUCAUUUUACCUCGCCACGACAGUCCCAGUCCUUCAGCCGGACACCCCGAGGCCAAGCUUCUAUCCGCAAUCCCCAGGAUACUAGUGGACAAUUGGCCCAACAUGACCCCAAUGGCUCUGAUGAGGACUCUUCUCCCGUGAAAGCUGAGGAUCGUCAGUUCACCUCGCCGAGGAAUUAA